AUGAGCUUCGGUUUCAGCUGCGAUAUCCUCAGCACGUUGCAACUCGCCGAUGACCUGAAAAAGCGAUUCGCCCAGGCCCCCAGUGGAUUCAAAGCUAUUUAUACAGAUGUGAAGAGCCUCUGGGCCGUCCUCCAUGACCUCCAUGACCUCCCGAAAGAUGGUCUUUGCGCAAACCAGACAAUGGAGCUGGACCUGAUCGCUCAGCAAGGCCGCGAAGUCUUCUUGGAGAUUGAUAACAGGCUCAGCAAGCACAAUGUUAUUGCAUAUGCGACUCCCGACUGGAAAAGCAGGGCUCUUCGGGCGUGGAGCCGAGUGCAUUGGGAUCCUGUCGAAAUCGAAAGCCUGAGAAGUCGGAUCACUUAUUGUCUCACGCUCUGGAACUUGGUCAUGAGUAGAAUCAACUGGUAUCCUUUUCCCCUUCAACGUACUAAUGGGGGAGAUAUCCAAUCCAUCAAAGCCAACCAGAACGUGCAGCUGCGCAAUCAGAUGCUGGCAUCAAUCUACACGGUCGAUGCCUCGCAACAGCAGCACCGCAUCCUCAACAUGCGGCAUGCCGGGACCGGGAAAUGGUUCCUGGAGAGCCAGCAGUUCCUGCUCUGGGUGUCCAGUGCCGAGAAGGGUAACAAUACCCUGCUCUGCACUGGAUCCCCUGGAGCAGGCAAGACAGUCCUCGCUUCGAUCGCGAUUUAUCAUCUCCAAACCGAAUUUGCAGGCAAAGGGACUGUCGCCAUUGCCUAUCAUUUCUUUACUCCCCGCGGGCGGCUGGGUUAUCCUGACCUUCUUUCCAGCCUGCUGAGACAAAUGCUGCAGGGAAACCCAGACCUGUACGCGACGGUCGCCGCAGUUGCCAAAUACUCCAUGCGUCUACGCAGUGGUCACCCCUUGGCUGCAGAAGAAGCUCAAGACAUGCUUGAGUUCGCGGCGUCCAAAUGUACUGAGGUCUUUAUCGUCGUUGACGCACUAGACGAAUGCUGCGACAUAUACGUACGGCGUCAGUUCCUUACCUGGAUAGGCAGGAUUCUUGAUCUCAAUGGCCAUACAAAGGUCAGAUUCCUUGCAACCACCCGGCACGCCACUGAGCCGGAGAAGCUCUUUCAAAACAACCAUAUUGCCUUGGACGUCAAAGCCAGCAGGGACGAUAUGGAAAGCUUUCUCGAAGGAAACCUGGUUUACCUUCCGGAAUUUCUGCAGAGGAAGCCCGAGCUUUGGAAAGAUAUGCGGAACCAGAUGCUUGACUUUGCGGACGGCAUAUUCCUGCUUGUUUGUCUUUAUUACAAUCUGGUCAUGCACGAAAGAAACGAGAAAAGCGUCCGGGCACUCGGAAACAGGAUCAAAACGGGCUCAGGGGCUUACGACCAAGUGUAUGACGAGACCAUGAAGAGGAUUGAGCAGCAGAGCGCCUUUUCCCAAGACCUAGCCAGGAGGAUCAUUGGCUGGGUGACAUUCUCUGCACGAACACUCAGCUCUGUGGAGCUUCAAGAGGCCAUUGCUGUGGAAAUCGGUGAACCCGAGUUCGACGCAACCAACAUCAUCGAUCUCGGGGAGCUGAUUUCUGUCUGCUGUGGCCUGGUCGUGGUGGACUGUAACAGCAACACCACCAGGCUGGUGCAUCCUACAGCUCAGGAGUAUUUGGAACGGACGUGGCAAUCUUGGUUCCCAGGGGUCCACGGAUAUCUCACGGACACCUGCCUUACCUACCUGUCCUUUGAUGAUAGGCAGAAGUAUCCGUUCUAUCAGUACGCGGCUCAUGAGAUAGGAACCCAUCUCCGCCAGGACCCAGGCAAUGGCCUGCUGCUCGAUGCAUUCAUCAAGAACGACGCCAAGGUUUCUCGGUGCAUGCGGGAGAUGCUAGGUCUGUCAUCAGCAGACUUCGGAUUCUCCGGACUUCAUUUCGCCUCGAUCAUGGACGUCGAGGAUUAUAUAGAAAGGCUGAUUAGUCCUGACAGCAGCCUGGUCAAUGUCAGAGACCACCUUGGCCGGACGCCACUCACCUGGGCUUCAGGGUAUGGCAAAGCAGCAGCAGUCAGGUUCCUCCUCGAACAUGGAGCUGAUGUUAACCCUGUUACAAAGGAGGGCUCCACGCCACUCCUUUACGCCGCAGCAUAUGGCCAUGUGGAGGUAGUCAGACAACUGAUCGAUAGCGGUGCAAACGUCCAUGUUGAGAAUAAACGCAUAGAGACCGCCCUUUUCUUCGCUGCAAAAGGGACGACUGCAACUCAGUUCAAGUCUGGCUCACUGUGCAGCAGUGGUAACCACGCCCUCGUCGUCCAAAUGUUGCUGGAUGCAGGGGCAGAACCCAACAAGAAAAAUAUACUCCAGGAGACCCCCUUGUAUGCCGCAGCAGCCAAUGGCCACUUGGACGCCGUCAAACUGCUGCUGGGCCCGAGGGCAGACUCCAAAACCAAAAGUGGGCUUCUUGCUGAAGCGUUGACCGCUGCAGCGCGGAAAGGCUAUAUCAAAAUCACCAGACUCCUCCUCGAGCACGGCACACACCCCGCGCGCAUGAUGAUGGGCACCGACGUCUCGCCCUACUUCUGGGGACUGCGGUGUUUGGCGGCGUCAACGCCCCAGAGUGAGGAGGACAUAGAUACUUUCACAGGCCUGCUUCGGGACUCUAGCAGCCCCAGCUUCCGCGACGAGUUCCACCGCGCGCCUCUACAUUGGGCCUGCUGGGGCGGCGACGUCUCCCUCGUGCAGGGCAUCCUGGCAGCCGGAUGCAGCCCGAACCCGCGCGACAUCUUCGGGCGCACGCCGCUGUUCGCCGCCGUGUGCGCAGGCAGAGUGGACGUGGUGAAAACGCUGCUCGACCAUCCCGACAUUGAGAUCCAGAUCCAGGACAAACUCAGAUUCACACCCCUGCAAGAGUCAUAUCGCAGACAGGUAUCCUCUACCAACUACCCCUACGCGUCUCAGGCAAAAGCCUGGGCCGAUAUCACCGACCUCCUCAAAGCCAGGAGUGACUCGCCUGACCAGAAUCUCCAGCUCACUAUCAAUGCCCUCCCCUUCACACAGCAUGCUGUGUCACAGGAUUCAUUUUACGAGCACUGUGAUGUUUGCUUGGAUACACGGACUCUGUCGCGGGAGGCACGGUGA